AACCCAAUAUCGAGAUUGGACAGAUCAACCCAGCUGUCAUACAAAUAGCCGAUCUAGUUUAUGGGGUUUUCAUAUGCCCCUUUACACCAGAUUAAAACCCUACCUAUCAUCAUCGACAUACAUAUUACAUACACAUACAUACUACAGGUUACUUGGUGACUUGAUGCUGAUGAGGUAAACCAGAAAGGGGCUCCGGAGGUUUCCAUUUUACCUCUAAUCUUCUUAUUUCCAUAUAAUUAUAUAUAAAAAAACCCCUAGAUUCAGAUUAACUGUGUGAAAAAUGGAGGAGGGGGUGAAAGGGGGAGACGAUGAGAUUCUGGGGUCAAGCUUGACCAUGGAGAAAGUGGCUGCUGCUAAGCAAUUCAUAGAGAAUCACUACAAAACCCAGAUGAAAAACAUUCAGGAACGCAAAGAAAGGCGAUGGAUCUUAGAGAGGAAGUUGGCUUCUUCAGACGUGCCUAAAGAAGAACAGAUUAAUCUGAUUAAGGAUUUAGAGAGAAAGGAAACAGAGUUCAUGCGACUUAAAAGGAACAAAAUAUGUGUUGAUGAUUUUGAACUUUUGACAAUCAUUGGGAGAGGAGCUUUUGGCGAGGUACGAUUAUGUCGCGAGAAAAAAUCUGGCAACAUCUAUGCAAUGAAAAAACUGAAGAAAUCAGAAAUGCUUGUUAGAGGACAGGUGGAACAUGUAAGGGCUGAGAGAAACUUGCUUGCUGAGGUGGCGAGUCACUGCAUAGUAAAAUUAUAUUACUCAUUUCAAGACACUGAGUAUUUGUAUCUGAUUAUGGAAUAUCUUCCUGGAGGUGACAUGAUGACUUUAUUAAUGAGAGAAGACACACUGAAAGAAAAUGUUGCUAAGUUUUACAUAGCUCAAAGUGUCAUGGCAAUAGAGUCCAUUCACAAACAUAACUACAUUCACAGAGAUAUAAAACCAGACAACCUUCUUCUAGACAAAAACGGACACAUGAAGCUUUCAGAUUUUGGGCUGUGUAAGCCUCUUGAUUGUAGGACGUUGUCUACAUUGAAUGAAAAUGAAGCCAUGAGUGAUGAAAAUAUAAGAGAACCAAUGGAUGUUGAUGGUUUUCCUGAUGCUGUGAAUGGACAUAGAUGGAAGAGUGCUCAUGAACAGCUUCAACAUUGGCAGAUGAACAGAAGAAAACUGGCGUUUUCAACAGUGGGGACACCGGACUAUAUUGCCCCUGAAGUGUUGUUGAAGAAAGGAUAUGGGAUGGAGUGUGACUGGUGGUCACUAGGUGCAAUUAUGUAUGAGAUGCUUGUUGGAUAUCCUCCAUUUUACUCUGAUGAUCCGAUAACUACAUGUAGGAAGAUUGUUCAUUGGAGGAAUCAUCUUAGAUUUCCAGAAGAUACAAUGUUGUCACCAGAAGCAAAGGAUCUCAUCUACAGGUUGCUUUGUGAUGUGGAACAUAGGUUGGGGACAGGUGGGCCCGACCAAAUAAAGUCUCACCCAUGGUUCAAGGAUGUUGUGUGGGAUCAAUUAUAUGAAAUGGAGGCAGCCUUUAAACCUGAAGUCAAUGGGGAGCUUGACACCCAAAAUUUUAUGAAAUUUGAUGAGUUGAAUCCUCCAACUUCUGGAAGAACCAGUUCAGGCCCCUCGAGGAAGCAGCAAUUAAAUCCCAAGGACUUGAAUUUUGUGGGCUACACGUACAAGAACUUUGAUGCGGUAAAAGCACUGCGUGAUAAUCCUGAUCUCAUGCGGAGUGCAUCCAGUGAUUCCUUAUAUGCUGGGGAACUGAAGAUGGAUUAUACAACAAAAGGGACAGCGGAAGAAAGCGACAUACAGAUGAUCACAUCAGCGGGCGAUGUAAUGUAUCCAUAAUUAAUAGCUAUGGGAUUAAAAGGCAUAACCUAUUGUUGUGUGUUAUAAUCAAUCAAUCAAUCAGGUUGCUGUUGCCCCUCAUUAAUGGCAACCCAACCCAACCCCGAUCCCCUCCCAUUUGGCAGCCAAUUAAAAGGCCUCCUCUGCCUCUUUCCAUGAACUGAUUCUACCAAAUCCAGUGUAACCCACCCAACUCUACUGCCCCUCAAAUCUAUCUUUUUGAGGGCAGUAGUAUUAAUUAAAUGGGUGGCAUUGGUUGGUGUAAAAAAUAAGAUAAGAUAAUAAUUAAUGUAAGUGUAAUUGUACAGUAGUAGUGUAUAAUCACUAAAAACCCCAAGUGAGUGAGAGGGACUGGAGGGGAUUGAAAGUAUCAGGACUGGGGGUAGUAAAGUAAAAUGCCGUCUGUAUGUCUGUCUGUGUGUUUUGGUUUGCCCAGGUUGACAAGUAUAAAACUUGUCUUCUCUUGUGGCAGUUUCUAGAAUAUUUUAUUUUAUUUUUCUGACUUUUAUUUUUUUCUUGUGUCAUGUGUGUGAGCUUUUCUUUUAUUGGAAGAAUGGAUUUUAUUUUAGUAUAA